AUGCUAUCUUUUGUAUUAAAAUAUAAUUACUUUGAAAAGAAAUUAAUUGAUCAAGAUAAAGUACAAUUAUUAUUGCAAAUAUCAAGAAGAAUAUCUACAAAAAAAAAUGAAGAAUAUCAAUAUAUUGAAAAAAGUAAAACUCCAACAAUGCAUUUUCAAUUAUCUUUACCACGUUUACCUAUUCCAAAAUUAGAAGAUACAUGUAGAAGAUAUUUAAAUGCACAAAGACCAUUGUUAUCUAAAGAACAAUUAGAGAAAACUGCAAUUUAUGUUAAUGAAUUUCUGAUCAAAGAUGGUAUUAAAUUACAUAAGGAAUUAAUUGAAAAAGAUGCUAAAAAUUGUAAUACUAGUUAUAUUAGUGAACCAUGGUUUGAUAUGUAUCUACGAGAUCGUAAACCUUUACCUAUCAACUAUAAUCCUUUCUUAGUUCUUGAACCAGACUUAAAUUCAGAACAAAAUAUACAAUUAGUAAAAGCUACAAAUCUUAUUAUAUCAUCAUUACGAUUUAUGAAGUCAUUAAAAGAAAAUAUUUUACAACCAGAAAUAUUUUAUUUAAAAUCUGAAACAGCUCAUAAUAAUAUAUUUCAUAUUAUUACAAGAUUUCUUCCUUCUGAAUUUAGAUGGUAUGGAGCUUAUUUAUUUAAGGCCUUUCCCUUAGAUAUGUCACAAUAUCACAAUUUAUUUAAUACAACGAGAUUACCAAAAUCAGUAAAAGAUGAAAUUUAUGAAAAUACAAUUGGAAGACACAUAAUUGUAAUGAGGAAAGGACAUUUUUAUUCUUUUGAUGUAAUAGAUAAAAAUGGUUAUAUUUAUCAACCAAAUGUAAUAGCUAAUUGCUUAAAAUCUAUUUUAGAAGAUACCUUAUUAAGUAAUGAAAGUCCUAUUGGUAUACUUACAACAUCAGAACGUGAUUUUUGGGCCAAAACUAGAACAUAUUUAUCACAAAUUGGUAACCAAGAAAUUUUACAAAAAAUAGAUUCUGCUAUAUUUGUAAUGAUAUUAGAUGAUGUUUGUGUUGGCACUGACUAUAAUGAGUUAAUUAGGAUAUAUCUCCAUGCGGAUGGAACAAACAGAUGGUUUGAUAAAUCAUUUUCUUUAAUUGUUACACAAGAUGGAUAUGCUGGAAUAAAUUUUGAACAUUCAUGGGGAGAUGGAGUAGCUAUAUUAAGAUUUCUUAAAAAUGUAAAAUAUGAUAUUACAAAACAGCCAAAAUUUUGUGCUGAUGAUAUUAAAUACCUUCAAAAAGGAGAAGUAGAAAAACUCAAUUUUAUUGUAGAUAGUAAAAUACAAAAUAUUGUGCAUACACAAAAAAGAAAGUUUGAAAAAUGGAUUGAAAAUCUAAGUGUUGAUCAUAUAAUAUUUAAUGAUUUUGGUAAAAAUGAAUGUAAAAGAUUUGGUUUAAGCUCUGAUGCAAUUAUGCAAUUAGCUUUUCAGUUAGCUAUAUAUUAUCAAAAAAAUUGUGUAGUACCAACAUAUGAAUCUUGUAGUACAGCUGCAUUUAAACAUGGUCGUACUGAGACUCUUAGAUCAUGUACAAUGGAAACAAAAAGAGCAUGUGAAGCCAUAGCUCGGAAAAAUAAUAAUUUAUCCAUGUCUGAACUGAAAAAUUUAAUAAUUAAUUGUAGUAAAGUUCACAGUGAACUUUCUAAAGAAGCUGCUAUGGGACAAGGAUUCGAUAGACAUUUAUUUGCAUUAAAAAAAAUUUGGGAAUAUUCAAAUUCUUUAAAACCAGCUAUUUUUGAAGAUUCUGCAUAUAAUAAUAUAAAUAAUAAUAUUUUAUCUACAUCAACUCUUUCAGAUCCAAUUAUAUAUGCUGGUGGUUUUGGACCAGUAAUAAAAAAUGGAUAUGGAAUUGGAUACAUGAUACAAGAUAAAAAAUUGGGAACUAUUGUGACAAGUUAUAAAAGUAACAGCAAUGCUAGUGAAUAUGUAAAAUGCUUAGAGAAAGCAUUUAAAAAUAUUCAUUCUAUAAUGGUUUAUGGAAAAUGAUA